UCUAAAAACACCAUGGAGUCCUUUCUGAGCCUCUUCGAUCCGAAUCAGGACGAUGGCUUCGACGAGGAGCCGGAGCUGAAUGGAAACAGCAGCGGAACUGGUAGCAGUAUUAGCGAUUACGAGACAGAUCCCAAUGCCAAUGAGUGUCCCCUAAGCAUGGGAAAGGGAGUCAUCGCGGAGAGUGGAGACCUGAUCUUUGACUUCGAGAGGGGAAUGCUGCCUCCAGAGCCACAGCUUGGGAAUGUGGAGUACAAGCUAAAGCUGGUGAAUCCCUCAAAGCAGCGCUUCGAGCACCUGGUCACCCAGAUGAAGUGGCGGCUACGGGAGGGUAAUGGCGAGGCCAUUUACGAGAUCGGGGUCUCCGAUGCCGGUCUUCUGCUAGGCCUAAGCGACAAGGACAUGAAUGCAUCGCUGUCAACCCUGAAACAGAUGGCACACCGCCUGGGAGCGAGCACCUCUGUGCUCCGAAGGAAGACCAUAGCUUCACGGAGGGCUGUGGCUGAGGUUCUAGUGAGGAAGAUCCCCGACGACCAGCACAACAUUGAGGUGCGGGUGGCGGUGCUCGGAGGAGCCGAUGCUGGAAAGUCCACACUUCUGGGCGUGCUCACACAGGACGAGUUGGACAAUGGACACGGACGAGCGCGGCUUAACAUGUUCCGGCACAUGCACGAGAUUCAGUCGGGUCGCACCUCCUGCAUCUCCCACGAGACUCUCGGCUUUGAUGCUCUUGGAAACGUGGUGAACUACAAGUAUAAUGAGAUGAUGACGGCCGAGGAGAUUAGUGACCGCUCCAGCAAGCUGGUUACCUUUAUGGAUCUGGCAGGCCACCGACGCUACAUGCGCACCACAGUCCAGGCACUGAGUGGAUACUCACCUCACUACGCUAUGCUGGUGGUGUCAGCCGGAAGUGGUUGCAACGACACCACCGAGGAGCACUUGGCCAUUGUCCGGGCACUGGACAUGCCCUUCUUCAUUCUGGUGACCAAAACUGACAUUACAUCACCGGAUGCCACGGUACAGGAAUUGUGCAAUCUGCUGACCACCAUUGGCUGCCGCAAGGUGCCCUUUGUGGUCACCAAUACUGAUGAGGCCAUAUCGGCUGGGUCCAACCAGGUCUCCGAGAAUAUUGUGCCCAUAUUCUGCGUGUCAAAUGUCACCGGCACGGGUCUCAAUCUAGUCACAAAGUUUCUAUACGUCCUGUCGCCGGGCAUCAGCAAUGCCGAGAAGGAUCGCCUCGAACAGGAGUCCUGUGAGUUCCAAGUAGAUGAGAUUUUCCGGGUCACAGACGUGGGACCUGUGGUGGGUGGCCUGCUGGUUCAGGGCGUGCUCACCGAAAAUAUGCCCAUGAAAAUUGGUCCACUGCCGGAUGGAAGUUUCCAUCCCGUGAAUGUGAACACAAUUCACAGGAAUAAAGCGCCGUGUCGGGUAGUGCGAGCCGGUCAGAGCGCAUCGCUGUCCUUUACUCCUGACCAGGAUUUGCCUACACUCAGGAGUGGCAUGGUGCUGCUUGGAGACAUUGGAAAUGGCUUGGACGAGCCCUACGGAACAUAUUUCUUUCAAGCCAAAGUUUCCGUGCUGUUCCAUGCCACGGCCAUCUAUGUGGGUUUCCAGACUACGGUGCACAUUGGCAGCAUCAGGCAGACGGCGGUGAUCCGAGGAAUCAUGGGUGGCGAACGGCUGGGCACGAACGAUUGCGCGUCAGUGAUGUUCGAGUUCGUGGGCCACCCAGAAUACGUCCGGCCGGGAAUGCGCAUCCUGUUCCGCGAGGGCACCAGCAAGGGCAUUGGUGUGGUCACCCAAGUUUUCCCCGUUAACAAGACAGGCACAAAGUAGAUAAGCUUUGAACUAGACACUGGCCAGGUGGACAGUUCCAUCGAUAUUACGAU